CCUCCUCAGCUGCAGCCCGCCGGCUCGCCAGUGCAGCCGCGAUGCCCCGGAGCUCGAGCCCGAGCCCGAGCCCGACCCCGGCCCGGGUCCCCGGCCCACCGCGUAUUUAGCCUCCGUGCGUCCCGAGCGCGCCACCGCCAACGCCGCACCCCGACGCAGCUAUGGGCAACACUGUGCACAGGACCCUGCCAGACUCGAGCCCGCCCGCGCGCCUCCUGGCCACCCGGCCUUGCUGCGGCCCCGGCCCGGAGCGGCGCCCGGUCCUGGGCGAAGCGCCACGUUUCCAUGCACAGGCCAAGGGCAAGAACGUGCGGCUGGACGGCCACUCGCGCCGGGCCACGCGGCGCAACAGCUUCUGCAACGGGGUCACGUUCACGCAGCGGCCCAUCCGGCUAUACGAGCAGGUGCGGCUGCGCCUGGUGGCCGUGCGCCCGGGCUGGAGCGGGGCGCUGCGCUUCGGCUUCACGGCGCACGACCCGUCGCUCAUGAGCGCCCAGGACAUCCCCAAGUAUGCCUGUCCCGACCUGGUCACGCGGCCCGGCUACUGGGCCAAGGCGCUGCCCGAGAACCUGGCGCUGCGCGACACUGUGCUGGCCUACUGGGCGGACCGCCACGGCCGUGUCUUCUACAGCGUCAACGACGGUGAGCCCGUGCUCUUCCACUGCGGUGUGGCCGUGAGCGGCCCUCUCUGGGCGCUCAUCGACGUCUACGGCAUCACUGACGAGGUGCAGCUCCUCGAGAGCGGGUUCGCCGACACGCUGACGCCCGCGCGCCUCGGCCAGACCCGCUUCAGCGCCUGCCUGCCGCCCAGCAGCCACGACGCGGCUAACUUCGACAACAACGAGCUCGAGAACAACCAGGUGGUGGCCAAGCUGGGCCACCUGGCGCUGGGCCGCGCCCCGGGCCCGCCGCUCGCCGACCACGCGGCCGCCGCCAUCCCGUGCGGGCCCCGUGAACGCCCGCGGCCCUCGUCGUCGCCGGUGCUGCUAGAAGCCGACCUGCGCUUCCACGCGACGCGCGGGCCCGACGUGAGCCUGUCGCUCGACCGCAAGGUGGCCUGCGCGCCGCGGCCCGACGGCGGUCGCACGCUUGUCUUCUCCGAGCGCCCGCUGCGGCCCGGCGAGAGCCUCUUCGUGGAGGUGGGCCGCCCGGGGCUGGCGGCGCCCGGUGCGCUGGCCUUCGGCAUCACGUCAUGCGACCCGGGCGGGCUCCGGGCCGCCGAGCUGCCUACCGACCCCUACGCGCUGCUCGACCGCAAAGAGUACUGGGUGGUGGCGCGCGCCGGGCCCGUGCCGAGCGGGGGCGACGCGCUCAGCUUCACUCUGCGGCCCGGCGGCGACGUGCUCCUGGGCGUCAACGGACGCCCGCGCGACCGCCUGCUGUGCGUCGACACCACGCAGGCGCUUUGGGCCUUCUUCGCCGUUAGCGGCGGCGCCGCAGGCCAGCUGCGCCUCCUCGGCACCCUGCAGUCCAGCCCUGCGACCGCAUCCCCAUCAGGAUCCCUCAGCGGCUCCCAGGACGAUAGCGAUUCCGAUAUGGCCUUCAGUGUCAACCAGUCCUCCUCGGCAUCUGAAUCAUCCCUGGUGACGGCCCCCAGCUCCCCACUGAGCCCACCAGUGUCCCCCGUGUUCUCCCCACCGGAGCUGGCGGGCGGCAAGAACAGCGAGUGCGCGGUGUGCUUCGAUGGCGAAGUGGACACGGUCAUCUACACGUGUGGACACAUGUGCCUGUGCCACGGCUGCGGCCUGCGGCUCAAGAGGCAGACCCGGGCCUGCUGCCCUAUCUGCCGGCGGCCCAUCAAGGACGUCAUUAAGAUCUACAGGCCGUAGCCUGGCCCGCCGACGGCCUUGACCAGAGCAAGGUCACCUUUCUGAAGCCCACCCCCACCCCGGGCCGGGCAACCACCAUGGCCGCCGGGGAGUCCAAGGGCAGCAGCUAUCUUGCCUGCCGCUCUCCAGUGGUGGGCAAGGCGUGACAGUCGUGGACACGAGGCCCCCGAGGGUCUCAGUCCAAGGGAGGGUUGCUUCUGGCUCGUAAGUGCUUUGCCCCCAAGAGCGAGCUCAGGAACUGCCUGGCAGACUGCCCUGUCCCCCGGUGACCUCUUAGCUGAGAAAUGGCGUCCUCUGUGCAAUGCCUUUUGCUGGGGUUGGGUUGAGUGUGUGUGAGAG